AUGAAAAAGAAUUUGAUUAUUGAAGUACUGGAAUAUGAACAGGAUGAUAGGGGUUAUGUGUUGGACUCCUUCAAAGAUAAAACAUUUAAAACAAUUUUAAGUAAAAACGAAAAUAAAAAUUGCUUUGAUUGUGGUAAUAAAAAUCCAAAAUGGUUAUCUUUGACUUUUGCCAUAUUUAUUUGCCUGAACUGUUCAGGUAAACAUAGACAAUUGGGAACACACAUAUCUUUUGUACGUUCAACUGGAAUGGAUAAAUUUACUGCAAAACAAUUAGUUAGGAUGUGUUUAGGAGGUAAUUUAAAAGCAAGUGAAUUUUUAAAAAAGAAUAAAGAUAGUAGCAUGUGUGAUUAUGCAUCACAUAAUUCAUUAAAAUAUAAAAUGUACUUGGACAAUUUAUUGGAAGAUACGUUAUUAAAAUAUAGCAAUGAAAAAAAUGUACAUACUGUGGAAUUAUGUAAUAACAAAAAUAGUAGCAAAAUUGACAAUAGUUAUAAUAGUGUUAAACCGAUAAUUAAUACAAACAAUUGUAGUAACAAAGCGCCAAUUGAUUUAAUUAAUGACGAUUUGAAUAAGGAGGACACUAUAAAUGAGCAAAAUGCAAAUGAUACGAAUAUAUUAAGUAACACUCUGCCAAAUACCAAGAGUGCAAGAAAGUCAGAUGUGAUGAGCAGUAAUAUGAAAACUCAUUUUAUGGAAGAAAAAGUAGUUUAUAAUAAUUGUAAUAAAAAUUUUAAAGCCAAAAAAAUUGAUAUAAAUUUUGACGACACAAUAUUCGAUGAUAAUGGAAUGAAUAAUAAUAUGCAAUAUGAAAAAAAUACCAUAGAAGGAAAAAAUAUGCAUAAUUUACAAAAUUCUCUUAAAAUAGGUGGUAAUGAUAGUAAAAUUAAUAAUUAUAACAAUUAUAAUAAUAUAGAAGGAAAAAAAGACAAAAAAGGAUACGACAACAGGUAUAAUUAUGGCGUGGAAGGCUAUCCACAUAGUUACUCUGUGGAAAAUAAAAAAGGAUUUGAUACGUACAAUAAAAUGAACAGCGGUAAAAAUAAUAAUAGUAGUAGUAGCAGCAGCUAUUUUAAUAAUAAUAACAAUUUAAAUAUUACAAGUGAUGCAAAGUUAAAUAAAUUUAAAGACUGCAAAAGCAUACGCUCAGAUCAAUAUUUUUAUGACGAAAAUCAACAGAAUGAGGAUCAUGUUGUGCGAAAUGUUCAUAUAGCAAAUAGCAUAUCGUCAGAUCAAUAUUUUAAUAAGAAUGUUAAUAAUAGAAAAGGAGUAUGGAAUUUGGAUGAACAAACAAUUCAGAACUUACAAGGUUUAAAAGUAACAGCAAGGGAAGGCUUAUCAAAUAUCGUUGCUGCUGGCAAUGAAGUGUUUUUGAAAGCUAAGGAGUGGUUUAACAAUUAG